AUGCUUGUCCUUCAGAUCCUGAGCGCAGCUCUUGCCAUCUCUCUUGCAAAGGCGAAUCCCGUCGCCGUCGAUGUUCAUAACUGGGAAAACCCUUCCGCUGAUGGGGCUUUUAAACGCGAAGAACUCAUUGUUGCAAGUCUCGCCGGUCAUUAUUCUCAGUACAUCCCCGGCCCCACCGAGACCAGCCUAACUCUUCGCUAUCAUCAAGAACGCGCCACCUGCCUGGACCAGUUCGUAUGGUACUGCCAGAUCCCUGCAGGAGCGUGUAUUGCUGCUGUAGGCAGUAUCGCCCCGCCUAUCAAUCUCUGGUCUCUUCUACCUUGCGCCAUCGCCGCUGUUUGUGCAUCGGUCGCUCUCACGCUCGGAGCUUUGUGCUGCAACGGCGUUAUUAAAAAUUGCGACAACCCUUCAGGUUUCGCGUCCGGCACCCGCCCGGUCACGGGAAACGUUAUGGCGGCCUUGAACGGAGGUAACGGCGACACGCCUUUCACCAGAGACACAUUUAGGAACGGAUUCAACUCCUAUCUGUGGAGCCAUGGCUCCGAGGUUCCUAAUGACGAUGAUUUCAAUAACAUGUACAACAACUUCUUGAAUCGCGCUUUUUGUAGCUUUGGACCAGGAGAAGGAGGGAACGGUUGCCACCCAGCUUCUGUCUCUCGCGAUUCACCGUUUGAGGUUCAAUCAAGCAAGAGAAAUAAGUACCGCUUAUGUGCAUAG